AUGAGGGAGCAGGCGCGGCUGGAGAGCGGGGAAUCAUUUGGUGAGGGUCCACCAGACAAGGUAGUUGGUUCUGACGAUGUCAGCGAUGAGGAAGCACAACAGUACGUCUCAGAUGUGCAGAGGGCACUCAGGGUGUUGGAAGCCGAACCCCGAGAUAUGACUCUCAGCGAAGUGAAGCUGACAAUAUCCAUCGAGAGCCCAAGAGAAAGACAGCUGAGAAAAAUGGGGAUCGAGAAUGAGUCUGGUGCUUCACGAGAUGAAAUGGCCGUUGCCCUGGAGGAAGUGGCCAGGGGUGCAACACCCAACGAUCGCAUCGCUUUGAAGGCGCUGGCGGAGGAGAUGAACGAAUGGACUUCGGUCUGGACACAGGAGGCAGACAACGCGGAACCUUCGAGUAGGGCUUGA